AUGGACUCGAGUCAUUUUAUCGUGGUGCUGAAUGGGCUGCGCUCCGCAGAUAACCAGGAGCGCAAGUCGGCCGAGGAGCACUACAACAACAUGGUUGCCUCCAACCCUGUGUGGAUGAUGUGCACCUUGGCCGAGGCCAGUGCAACUUCGCAGGAUAUGGGUGUGAAGACCAUUAGCCUGGUGCUGCUGCGCAAGCUCUUCAAUGCUACCCCUUCACCGUACGCCGCAUCCGAUGCUGCAACACGCGCUGCAGUGAAGGCGCAUAUGCUUUCUGUGAUCAGCUCUUCCUCGCAGGGUGGCCUGCGCUCACCUGCUGCGGCGUGCGUCAGUGCUCUGGCGGUGCAGGUGUUCCAGGAGAAGGAGGACUGGAAUGAGCUGUGGACGAACGUUAUGACCAUCCUCGGCGACAUCAAGGGCGACGAGACACUGAAGACGAUGUGCUGCGAAAUUGUUCAGGCAACCUCGAUGGCCAUGGCUGCUUACUUUCAAUCUCAUGCCGAUACGCUGGCGCAGGGCUUGGAGACGUGCUUCGUGCAAGCGACAGACACUGCAGAUCUCAAGAAGGCCGCCUUCGAGACGACGAUCCGUCUAUCCAACCUUGGCAUGGCGGACCGUCUACGCCCGUUGGUGCCGAAGAUGCUGGGUGUCAUCGAGGCCUACCUGAACCAGGGCGAGUGGGAGUCUGUGGAGUCGAUGCUCGAGGCCACUGUGGAUGGAAUCUCGUCGAGUAUUAGCCUCUUCCAGCAUGACGCCGAGAACCUUCUGGGGCUCAUGAUGCAGGUGGCUGCUGCACCUCAGGUAGACGCCGGAGCGCGCCACAUGGCGGUGGAGCUGAUGCUGACGUACUGUGAGGAAGUUCCUAAGACUGUGCGCAAGGUGCCGCAGUUUGCCUCCUCCUUCUUCGAGUUGCUCUUCCAGUACACUCUGAAUCCCGACUACGGCGCGGACUGGGACAUCACCGGCCGCGACAAAGACGAGGACGACCUGGAGGAAAACUCGGAUCUGGUGAUCGGGUCGAGUGGGCUGGACCGCAUUUCGAACGCGCUCGGCGGCCGCAAGCUUCAAAAGACGGCCCAGGCGCUCUUCACACAGAACAUCAACUCGUCGCUGUGGCAGCACAGAAAUGCCGCGGUGCUGCUCAUCUGCUACGCUGGCGAAGGCAUGCGUACCGUCUUUGCAUCGCAGCUGCCGUCGCUGGUGCAGAUGAUCGUGCCGCACGUGAAGGACGAGUCCAAGUACGUGCGCGCUAACACGCUGGACUGCCUCGCGCAGCUCUCCCAGGACUUUACACCGGAGCUGCAGAUGAAGGUUCAUGGCGCUAUUCUGCCUGCUGUAGUUGCUGCGCUGCGCGACGACGUGUCACGCGUGGCAACGUGCGCCGCGAACUGCCUUGACAGCUUCAUUGACAGCGUGACAGGCGAUGAAGAGGAGGAUGACGAUGAGGACGGACUCGACGAGUUCCGCGCCAUUCUGCAUCCGUACAUCGAGCUGAUGUGCGGUGACUGCUUGGCGAUGAUCAGAGGGACGCAGCACUACUUUGUCCGCGAGGCAGCGCUGGGUGUACUCUCGUCAGUGUCCUCGACGUGCAAGAGCAUGUUGCUGCCAUACGUGGAGGAGCUUGUGCCCGUCUACCAGGAGAUGUUAAGCCUUCCGGAUGCACCGGAGGCAAUGAAGACAAAGUGUAAGGCUAUCGAAUGCGUGACACUGCUCGCCUGCGGCGUUGGUCGCGACGCGUUUGCCAAGUACGCGCAUGAUGUGUGCAACUACCUAAGGCAGCUGUGUGCCGGCGGCCUCACCAAUGAUGACCCACGCACGCGUUUCGUGAUGCGUGGCUGGACGUGCAUGGUGGAGUGCCUCAAGGACCAGGCUCAGCCGUACCUCAGCACUGUCAUCCCGAUCCUGCUGAACAUGAUGAGCAUGGAAUGUGACAUGGAGAUCGCGAAUGUCGGUGUUGGUGAGGGCGGCGGUGACGAGGACCUACCAGAUGGUGUGGAAAAGAUGCGCUUUGUUAUCCCGGGCGUCGGCGAGCGUGUCGUAACGAUUCACACAAGCCUCAUCGAGGACAAGGAGCUCGCCUCCAACGUGGUCUUCGCGAUGUUGAAGGACCUCGGCGUAGGACUGGCCCCGUAUUUCCACGACAUUGCCAUCGCGGCCAUUGGCCAGCUGACAUUCAUUGCUGGUGAGGCUAUUCGUGAGAGCGGUGCGUCGAUGCUCGACGAGAUACUGAAGUGCUACGAGGAGAUGAAGGAUCCGGCAGCACAGCAGCUGGCCGAGGUAGCCCUUCCGAAGCUGAUGGAGGCGCUCGGCGAGGAGUCGGAGAACAGCGUGAUGGAGAUGAUACUGCGGGCCAUCGGCCGCUGCGUUAGCGUGCACCCGGCAAUCAUGAGCCCUACCAACACGGCCCUCGUGUGCGACAAGGUAAUGGCGGCGCUGGAGGUUGUUGUAAAGCGCCGCAAUGAGUGCCUGGAGAAGAGGGCAACGGAGAACGAUGAGGACGAACUCGACGCGCUUGAGGUUGAGGACGAGGAGGUGCAGGCUACCAUCUCCUCCAUAUGUGACUUGAUCGGCACCCUACUCGCUGCCUCGAAGGAGGUGUUUGCGGAGCCAUUCCUCGCUAAGGCCUUCCCUGUCCUCGGCGAGUGGCUUCAGUCGUCGACGGACGAGUUUUACAUGACGCGCGCUGCCAGUAUCCUGUGCGACUUUGUGACACACGCGCCGCAGUCGAUUAUCCCGUCGCUGCCACAGAUCUGCACGAGCUCGUUGACAAUUGCGUCGUCGUCCUCGGACGAUGCGUUGCUGCAGAGCGACUUUUACCUCAUGAAUGUCAUAGUCCAGCUUCUGGGCUCGCAUCCGACGACGAACAUGGUCGUCAACGGCGGUGAGUACGCCGUGCACGUGCAGCAGGUGACCGAUAAGUACUUCGCGUCGAACCUGGUGAAUGAGGAGGAGUACACGCAUUGCACGUGCAACGCGAUCAGCCUGUACGUGUCACUGCUGAAUUUCUUCGGCACCACGGCGCUCCAGCAGGUGGCAACCGCCAUGCUGACAGUCGUGGGCAAGGCGCUGCCGGCCAAGGAUGACGAGGUAGAGGCCCGACGCAUCCACGAUGUGAUUCUCGAGUGGGUAACUAACCACCAUCCCGUCUUGCAAGCCCUUCCCGGCUCUGAGACCGGAUUUUUGACCUGCGUGAAGGCGGCUGGCCCUAGCUGCCUUUCGGAAGAGGCGAAGCAGUAUCUUGCGAAUAUGUAA